UAUAAGGAGGAGGGAUGUGAGCACCGUGGUCUGGGCUUCACUGUCCCUCCAGGGGACUUGGGGACUGGGCACAAGAUGCUUAGACUGGGCUGUGCUAAGCCUGGGUCCUGGGGCAGCUUCUGGGCCAUCCUGACCUUGGUGGGCCUGGCCACUCGUGCAGCCCAGAGAGCCGAUGUCAGUGGCGAGGCAGCAGGCACCUCCAUCAACCACUCCCAGAUGCUGCUCCAGCGCCUGCAGGAGCUUCUGAGGCAGGGCAAUGCCAGCGACGUGGUUCUGCGGGUGCAGGCUGCAGGCACGGAUGAGGUCCGAGUCUUCCAUGCCCACCGCCUGUUACUAGGACUGCACAGCGAGCUGUUCCGGGAGCUGCUGAGUAACCAGAGCGAGGUGAUGCUGCUGGAGCCCAGGGACUGCGCUGCCAUCUUUGACAAGUUCAUCAGGUACCUCUACUGCGGCGAGCUGACGGUGCUGCUGGCCCAGGCCAUCCCUCUGCACAGGUUGGCCACCAAGUACCGAGUGGCCUCUCUGCAGCGGGGCGUGGCCGACUACAUGCGCGGGCACCUGGCAGGGGGCGCAGGCCCAGCGGUGGGCUGGUACCACUACGCGGUGAGCAUGGGGGACGAAGCCCUGCGCCAGAGCUGCCUGCAGUUUCUGGCCUGGAACCUGUCAGCCGUGGUGGGCAGCGCCGAGUGGGGCGCCGUGAGCCCCGAGCUGCUGGCACAGCUCUUGCCGCGCUCGGACCUGGUGCUACAGGACGAGCUGGAGCUGUUCCAAGCGCUGGAGGCGUGGCUGAGCCGCGCGCGGCCAUCACCCGAGGUGGCCGAGUGGGCUCUCCGUGCCAUCCGCUACCCCAUGAUCCCGCCCGCACAGCUGUUCCAGCUGCAAGCGCGCUCGGCGGUCCUGGCGCGCUACGGCCAGGCUGUGGCCGACCUUCUGCUGCAGGCCUACCAGUUCCACGCCGCCUCGCCAUUGCACUACGCCAAAUUCUUCGAUGUCAACAGCAGUGCCUUCCUGCCUCGCAACUACCUCGCGCCCGCCUGGGGCGCCCCGUGGGUCAUCAACAACCCGGCCCGCGACGACCGUAGCACCAGCUUCCAGACGCAGUUGGGCCCGAGUGGCCACGACUUGGGCCGCCGCGUCACGUGGAACGUGCUCUUCUCACCGCGCUGGCUGCCCAUCAGCCUGAGGCCUGUCUACGCGGACGCCGCGGGCACCGCACUGCCAGCCGCGCGCCCGGAGGACGGCCGUCCGCGGCUCGUGGUCACGCCGGCCAGCAGCAGCGGCGAAGCGGCCGGUGUAAGCUUCCAGAAGACGGUGCUGGUGGGGGCGCGCCAGCACGGCCGCCUGCUGGUCCGCCACGCCUACAGCUUCCACCAGAGCAGCGAGGAGGCCGGCGACUUCCUGGCUCACGCCGACCUGCAGCGGCGCAACUCCGAGUACCUGGUGGAGAACGCCCUGCAUCUCCACCUCAUCAUCAAGCCCGUCUAUCACACCCUCAUCCGGACCCCCAAAUAGCUAUGCGGGGCUGGAGCGGGGAACACUGGGUCCCGGAAGUCUCCGCAUGGGGAAAUAAAGGCCUGGCAUAGAUAGCUCAGAGGAACUGGGAGGGGCCUUGCAAGUGGAGGGGCCUACACUGGCCCCCUGGGCUGGCCAGAAACUGGUGACUUCGGAGGUGGGUGGAGUCUAGGUGAGGGCGGUAGACCAGAUGCCAGGUUUCAGGAGUUGCUUUUACAGCUGACUUGGUUGAAUAAACCGACGCUCGCUCGGAGAGGCAAUGGGAUGAUUGAACCGCUGGAUCCCAGGGGGAAAGAAAUCAGCCCAAGGGGGAUCCCACAAGUCUAGGGGUUCCUCAUCUUUCAUUCGUUUUUUGGAGGCCUCCUACCCCCACACAGAACAGGGCAGCUAGAACAGCUGAAUGGUCAGGGUUCCUGCCAGCCUGGGUAGCCUGAGCAAGUCCAGCCUGAGGAGUUUUCUCACCUUGAAGCUUAGGAGCUUAGCUGGGCAAUUUCAUUUGAGUUCUGCGGCUUCCUGUGGUCUGCGCCACCCCACCCCCCUUUCUGACCUCUCGGAGGAGGGGCCCGGGGCAGGUGUGAUGGGACAUGAAUGGGACUUGCUAGCCCCGCCCUUCCUGGGAGUGGCCUCAGGGUCUAGAGAAAAACCCCUCCCCCCCA